GUGCAUCUAUUUGUGUAAAUGGAAGUGCAAAAUGAAAAAUUAAAAAAAAAAAAAUCUGUAUCACUUUGCAGAAAGGUGAAUCGAAAUGUCAUUUUUAAAGUAUUAAUUUCAAAGACAGUAAUAAAGUGUGUAAUGUUUUAUUUACAUUGAAGCUAUAUCAAUUAUAAUAAUAAUUCGGUGUAUUCUCUUAUCGCAGUAAAUAAAUGGUGUUCUUCAACAGUUUUGUUUAUCGGAAGUGCCUGGUGGUUCAUUCGAAAUAAUGGCAAAAUUUUCUAAAUGCUCAAUAACACACGAUGGAUGAAUUAUUUGAACAAAUAUUUCGUCACAAUUUCAAUGCGGAAUGAGCCAAUACAACUGUAGAAAAGAUGUGUUUUUUGUGUAUUAUUAAAUUCAUCUUUAGUGUUUAUACUUUGCAAUUUAUAUUGUGUACAAAAACACUGUUCACAGACUCUGAACUAGUGAUAAAUGUUCAAAAUCAGGGAGGAGAAGUAAUCCAGGAGACAAUAACAUCAAACUUGUUGGAUGAUUAUAUCAUAUUGGAGUUCCAGCGCACUGAUGGCACGCUAGUAACACAACUGAUAGAUUUUCGAAAUGAAGUUCAAGUUUUGAAAGCGCUUGUGCUCGGUGAAGAGGAGCGGGGCCAAAGUCAAUAUCAAGUUAUGUGUUUUGUAUCAAGACUGUCAAAAGGUGAUUUUAUUUCAACCGAUGCGAUAUCUAAACUCCGACAGAAAAAUCCCAGUACAAUACGACAGCCAGAAGAGGAUCGGGGCCGAGAAAAUUUCACGAUGACAGCUUGGAUAAAUUUACCGCAUGCAGCACCAAUCAGUCAACACAUUGCUGGACUAUGUUCGGAAGCAGCAGAUUCAACAUACAUCAGUGAUGAUGACAUAAAAUUUUUAUCAUCCAAACCAGGUUCAUCAAUAUCGAGAUUGGAAUCGGCGAUUUAUCCAUUUCCAUCAACGCAAACAGCUUCUUGUAAUAAUGUGUCUGGCCUAUGGACGCCAUGCAAUUGCUUGCUUGAGAUCAUGAUCCCAUGGUAUCCUUGCGCAUUGAAAUUCUGUAAGGGUAAAAUUGAUACACCGCCAGGAAACAAUGCCAGCUAUCGAUGUGGUAUUAAAACGUGCCGAAAAUGUUAUCAAUUAAUGUACUUUGUGAAACAAAAACAACAGUGUUUGUGGUACGAUUGACCUUUAUCGUUUAUUUAAGAAUAUCAAAAUCUAAUGAGUUCAAACAAAUUGAAAGUCAUCAUCACAGCUACAAAUAGAUUAAGAAACUGAACAAAUGACAUCUACAUAUUUUGAUCCCACGCGACAUUUUUGCUAUUAUCAAUUGCUUUUCUUUGUGCAAACUAUAUCUAUUGAUGAGAUGGUUGAAAAACUAGUCUGCCAAUUAAUUUUAUGAUUGAAUAAUGCGCUUUUUAUCGAACAAACCAUUUUAUUUAGAUUGAAAGAACAUAAAAUAUAGACUGUUAGUCUAUAAAGUAAAGAGUUAGGAGUAAAAUCAAUGUUUAAACAAAUAUAUGUCAGCACAAAGAAAGAACAACUUUAUUCCAAGACAUCAGAGGCUCUUGAUACAUAGAGAAAUGAUUAAAAUGUAUAAUAAAAGAGCAUAUUAAAAGACCAAAUGUUGUAGUUGCAAAAAAAAUCUACGAUUUACAAUUUAAGAUCAGUAUAUGCAAGAGCACCUUUCUCGUUGAGGGCCAAUACCAAAAAUUAACACGAAAUGACCGAGAAGUCAUUUAAAGUGGUCGUGAUUUCAUUCGGAGUUGAUACAGUAAAAUUCUUUUACAACUUCAAUGUGUGGUUUGCGUAAAACUUGGGCAUAUCGAUCAUAUGAGUUAUGUGCCACAAGAAAUGAAUCGUGGUUACUGUGUUGGAUCGAUGAUCAUGUGAAGUCUGAAAAUUGUUUAAUACGACUCUAUUGAAUGGUAAUUCACCAAACUACUGAACAAAAAGAAAAGUAUAUUUAACUAAUCAUGAACAAACUAAUAACGAACAAAUGAAAUGUAUUUACUCAAAUGUGGCCUUAACUUAUUCCGAUGAGGAUAACUACUGUAAAUUAAAUAUAAACCGAAUCAUUAUGUAACAUAUAACUGUACAUGCAAAUAUGAACAUAAUAGCUUUAAGAUGGAAAU